AUGGCGAAUUAUUCCAAUCAACACCGUAAUAGUAGUAGUAAUUACUACCAGGCGACCAAGGAAGUCGCCGCCCGCUCGAACAUCCAGGCCAGCGCCUACACCGUCGAUGCCGUCGACAUGGCCCUGAAGGGCUUCCACUACUCUACCUGCGGGGCAGGCGUGUUGGCACUACAGGAGCGGGGUGGUGGGUUUGAGGUGAGCACGGGAAUACCGUCACCGCCGCCGUCUCCGCGCGCGACGCCCGCCAACAGGGCCUCGUCGUCGCCCCAGCGCCCGGGUCUCAAGGCUCGCUCGCGCAGCGGAGGCGCCGCAUACACCAUCACGGAAGAAUGUGAGAGACUCUUCUGCGAGACACUGGACACCGUUUUUCUUGGUGAGGGAAACACCGUCGCUCAGGACUCGCUUGUGAUGGGUAUGCGUUACAACAACAAGAUGAACACCGACAGAAGUGCCCCGCUGCCUUCUCCUUCGCCCUCGGCCGACAGCGCCAUCGACAUGGCUGGUCCUACCAGCUCUGUGCGCGAGUGGGUUGAGAUUUGGGAGUAUGCUGCUGGCUUGCGCUUCCGCGGUUUCGUCUCCGACAAGAAUGGACUUAGCACCCUAUUCGUCUUUUUCGACAAGUCCGUCAUUGGACCUGACCUCAAGAACGGCCUCAUGUGCCUUCUGGAACUGGCAGGUAACGAUGACCUUGGCUGCUCCAACCUCGUCGUCUGUCUUGAUCGCUCUGCCGAUCAAGAAGACCUCAAAGACUUGACUCGCGACCUCGGCUGGGUCGGCUUCGAGCUUACUACCCUGGCCCGCUGGUCAAAAGAAGCCCACUGUACCAGUGACAAGUGGAUCUUCCUCGACAUGGAAGUCUAA